CCUGGCACCCAUGUCGUCAUUUCCCUGAGCUGUCGCUGCACGAAGCUGGAGUAGGAAAGAAAAGAGACAGAGGGAGGGAGGAAAGAAGAGAGGGAGAGAGAGAGAGAGGGAGAGUUCAGCCUAGAGACGCAAUUCUCGUCCCCACGGCUUGGCGCCAAUCUGGCGAAAAAAAAGUAAACAUCGAUAUACGUGAAAGUCGCGAGUGGAUUCACUUGUGAUCCACGGGUUAUUUGUGCCUUUGUUAGCUACAUAGCUAGCAUUUAGCUAGCACUCUUAUCAAUCUCCACAACAAGCCCCUCUCACACAAAUUGAUUUACAGCAAGCUGGCCAAGAUCUAAAGAAAGAUAACUAAGCGCUAGACCGUUUCCUCAAGGUGGUCGUUUAAUACUUCAAAAUGGGGAGAAAGUCCAACAAAGCGAAGGAGAAGAAGCAGAAGCGUCUGGAGGAGAGGGCGGCCAUGGACGCCGUGUGCGCCAAGGUGGAGGCAGCCAACAAGCUGGACGAUCCACUUGCUGCAUUCCCAGUGUUCAAAAAAUUCGACAGAAAUGGAUUGAAUUUGCAGAUCGAGUGCAAGCGGGUUGCUGGUCUCCCUCCCCCUACAGUAGAGUGGGCCUACGAGCUGACCAGAGCCAACAUGCAGACACUCUAUGAGCAGAGCGAAUGGGGCUGGAAAGAGAGGGAGAAGAGAGAGGAGAUGAAGGACGAGAGGGCGUGGUAUCUGCUGGCCAGCGACGGUGACUCUGCCCCCAUGGCCUUCUCCCACUUCCGCUUCGAUGUGGAGUGUGGCGAAGAGGUGCUCUACUGCUAUGAAAUCCAGCUGGAGUCGCGGGUACGGAGGAAAGGGCUGGGAAAAUUCUUAAUUCAGAUCCUGCAGCUCAUCGCCAACAGCACACAGAUGAAGAAGGUGAUGCUAACGGUAUUCAAACACAACCAUGGGGCAUACCAGUUCUUCAGGGAAGCUUUACAGUUUGAGAUCGAUGACACUUCACCCAGCAUGUCCGGCUGCUGUGGCGACGACUGUUCCUAUGAGAUCCUGAGCCGGCGGACGAAGCACGGGGAGGCCUCGGGACACGGGCACGGAGGCGGCCACUGUGGCGGCUGCUGCCACUAGCUGUAGCACUCUCUCCUGCUCACCUACACACACACACACACACACACACACACAUAUACGCACGCACGCACACACACACACACGCACGCACACCGCUUCCUCAUCAUUACGCCUUCUAAUAGAGAGAGACACAAUCGCACCCGUCCCCCCCAAUCGAAUGUGCUCUAUCCAAAACAUAUCUCCUGUCCAGAGUGGUCUUUUGAUCUUAACCUAAAUGCCGCCAUUGUCACCCUACCCCCUAUCCAACCCCUCACCCCAAAUAUGUCAUGCUAUGAACUUUUGGUUUAAAAAUCACACUUUUGGUACAACUCUGCAAAAAAAAAAACCUUCAAUAUUGUAGUGUUUUAUCCUUGUUAGGUGUAGGUCUACUAAGCAAAACCUACUGUUGGCAGUUUAGUUUUUAAAUCUCCUCAGGAAACUGCAUAUUAACUUCUGCUCGAAAAAGGAAUGCUGAAACGGUAAAGUCUCUAGAAAGCUGUUAGUGUGAUCGCGCAGGUAUGUGUGAUCGAAUUUACCACACAGCUUUCCAUUGAUGAUUUUCUGUGAAUGUUCCUUCAGGAUAUAAUCAUAUGAAAUAGGUCAUUUAAGCAGGUCAGCUUGCCAGAGUGUUGCAUGGCUCAUGGUAAGCAGUGAGUAUAUUAACUGACUCUCUACAUUGUCAACUGCUAAGACCCUCAAACUUGUCUCUGUCUCAGGUCACUUGCAAUCAAACCCAAACUCGAUGUAUUUUAUAAAACAGGUGUUUUUUGGGGAGAGGCGUGCUGAUGUUUCAACAUUUUUGAUGAAGUGGUUGAGAUGUGGCGUGGGCGCAAAGAACAAUUAGUUUAGACGGUCUACAUUAUUUUUUUAAUAUUUCUUUCACAUGCUUUUAUUAUUUUAUGUUAAGAAGUUUUCCUGUGUUGUUUUGCCAUAUUCAUUCUAUUUGCCUUCUCUGAUUAAAAAAAAUACUUAAUCUUUGGAAAAGUCAAAAAAAGAAAGUCAAGCGAAAUGAGACUUUUGUGUUGAUGGUGGUACAGAAAGGGACUAGUCUUUUUUGGUUUCUUAAGUGUUAUAUUUUAAUGUUACAAAUAAAGAUCAUUUCCUUGAUUUGAGAA